AUGGAGAAUGAUAAAUAAUCUUAAUUCGAAGAUCACAUAUUAUAGAGAUUCACACUUCUGGAAUUCAAGGGCAAAGGUGCAUAUGGAGUAGUAUGGAAAGCACAUGAUAAAUAAACUAAAUCAAUUGUUGCUUUAAAAAAAGUAUUUGAUGCAUUUCACAAUAAAACUGACUCUUAAAGAACAUUCAGAGAAGUAAUCUUUUUGGAACAAGUAUCAAAAAAUGCGAAUAUCAUUAAAUUACUUCAAGUGAUAAAAGCAUAAAAUAAUAAGGACUUGUACAUGGUCUUUGAAUACAUGGAAACUGACUUGCAUAAAGCUAUCAGGGCGAAUAUAUUAGAACCAAUCCAUAAAAAAUUUGUCGUCUACUAAUUAUUAAAGGCAAUUAAAUUCUUGCAUUCUGGAGACAUUAUCCACAGAGAUCUAAAACCUGCAAAUCUAUUGAUCAAUGCUGAUUGCAUAGUAAAACUGGCAGACUUUGGAUUGGCGAGAACAGUGAAUUCUUCUAGUGAAGAUGAUGGUAAAUAUAAAAUUAGAAUUUUACUAGUUCCCAUAUUAACCGAAUAUGUGGCUACUAGAUGGUAUAGAGCACCAGAAAUACUUUUAGGUUCAUAGAAAUACUCAAAAGCUGUUGACAUGUGGAGUAUAGGUUGUAUAUUGGGAGAAAUGAUAAUGGGUAAGGCAAUAUUUCCAGGAACUUCAACAAUGAAUCAAGUUGAAAUGAUACUCGAAAUUUUGGGUACUCCAACAGAAGAAGACAUCAAAUCGAUAGCAGCACCUUUGGCAAAGCAUGUCUUAGAUAGCUUUUAAUAUGUGAAACCUAAAAAUUUCAAGACUGUAUUUAGUUAAGAAAGCGAGGACACCUUAAGUUUCCUUAAACAUUUGCUAGUCUUUAAUCCUCAAAAAAGGUUGACUGUAGAAUAAGCAUUAGCUCAUCCCUAUAUGGCAGAGUUUGCCGGUUCGGAGGAAGAAACAGUGAUAGAUUUCCCUGUCCAAACAUUUAUGGAUGACAAUGUCUAAUAUAGCAUAGAAGAAUAUAUGACGGCACUUUAUUAGCAUAUUAAUUAAAAGACGCAAUAAAUUCAACAUUAAAAUUGGUUUAGUUCUCAUCAAUCUCCAACAAAUGCCAGCAAACCUUCGAGUACUAUUUAGUAAUCGACUACUCCUACUAGUGUUUAAGAUAAAAGGAAGAAGAAGGUGGAUUCCAUAGAGGGUUCAAAUAACAAUUCAGAAAACAAAUAGAUCAUUAGGUAGGAAGUCAAGAAAAAGUUAAGUGAGGACAAUCAAAAUUAGAAGAUGAGUGCUCUCGAAAAGUUUAAAUCAAUUGAGAAUAUGAUUAAAAUGUAAAAGGCCAAAUUGGGAACAAGCAAUGGCUAAAUAACGGUUUAAACUAGUUCUAAAUUGUAAUAUGGCAAUAAAUCAGUCAAUAUAACAAGGGCUGAUAGUUAAAAAAAGAAGGAAGCCUCUUGUGAAAUCUUGAUUCCAAGUCCAGCUGCGAAGUCGAAGAUUUAAAAAAUUGUUAGUUAAAAUACGUUUAAAGAUCCACAAAAAGUGUCAACUAUUAAGUCUCAAUCAAAAUUACCGAAACAUGAAAGUCAACAUGAUAAAUUCUUGAACAAGAAAACUUAUUUAUAAUAUAUUUUGAGUGGGAAAGCUAAACUGUAAAAAUGA